AUAAGGGUCUUAGACAUUAAUAUCUGUGGACGGGACGAACUUCCGAACACGGAAACGUGACGGACACGGACGUCUGCAAUUCGACAUAAUUUUCUUUAUUUCAUUGAAUUUCUUGCAGGUUUGAACUCUACAUCAAUUUUAUAGUUGUAGGUCGUAGGAGAGAAUCACACUUUAAAAUUAAAGAGAAAACAUUAUUUAAGUGAAAUGGCUUCGCCAUUGGAACAAUUUGUUAAUAAUGUGCGGACGAUGUCGGCUUCUGGUAACUUCCGUGAUCUGUGUGACAUAAUUUCCAAAUGCGAUGAAGUAUUACAACGAAAUAGUGCACAUUUGAAUACUGUAUUGGAAACUCUGGAUAUCCAGCAGCAUUCACUUGGAGUUUUGGCCGUCCUUGUUGCAAAAUUUUCAACAUCCCAGGGGGCUAGCGAUGUUGACAAAACUACUAUGAUUCAGCAAAUUCAAGAUUUUAUUAAUAACUGCAAUGGUGAACAAGUACGUUUUGCACCUGAUUUAUAUGCUGAUCUAUGCCACUUGUUAACUGACUGUCUUGUUGAGGUGAAAAAGCCGAUCAGGGGAAUAGAAAUACUCAAGAAGGCCAUCAGGAAAAUUCAGCUGUUUGACUCUCAACUUACAUCAAUUCAUGCUGACCUGUGUCAACUAUGUCUUCUUUCAAAAUGUAUGAAACCUGCUUUGGAAUUUUUAGACACAGAUGUUACAGCAAUUGGUUCAGAGCUUGGUGGUAACAAUGAUUCGAAACAUUUCUUUCUUUACUAUUACUAUGGAGGGAUGAUAUAUACAGCCAUGAAGAACUAUGACAGAGCCUUGUAUUUCUUUGAAGUUGUUGUAACUGUUCCGGCUAUGGUGGUCUCGCACAUCAUGCUUGAAGCAUACAAGAAGUAUAUAUUGGUCUCAUUCAUUUUACAUGGCAAGUUUCUACCUUUGCCCAAGUACGUAUCCCAAGUAGUUUGCCGCUUUUUAAAACCAUUAUCAGUGGCUUACCAUGAACUUGGUACUUCGCAACACGCGGCAAUAAAACACCGCGAAACAUUUGUCCGCGACAAAAACAUGGGCUUAGUGAACCAGGUACUAAGUUCAAUGUAUAAGAAAAAUAUUCAGCGCCUCACAAAGACGUUUUUGACACUCUCGUUGUCCGACGUUGCAUCCCGAGUGCAGUUGUCGGGACCAGCGCAAGCAGAAAGUUAUAUUCUUAAUAUGAUUGAAGAGGGUGAAAUAUAUGCCAUGAUUAACCAGAAGGACGGUAUGGUAGUAUUUUUAGAUAGUCCUGAAAAGUACGCGUCGCCUGAAACACUAUGCGUUUUAGAACAACAAAUGGCAGAGUGUACAAAGUUACAUCAAUACAUUCAGGAAAUGGAUGAGCAGAUACAAGCCAAUCCACAGUACAUAAAGAAAACUGUUAGUGUCAUGGAUGACGAUUUUCCUCCUGUAAGUCAGAAUUCAAAAACAACUUAUUCAAUGUAACUGCAUGUACUCAUUUUAAGUUAACGGUAAGUUUUUAUAGGCAUAAAUUAAAGAGAAAA